AUGGCCGAGUACUUACACGUGUUGGAAAAAUGUCAACAAGACGACAGUGUAAAACGCGAGUACUAUCUGGAACAUCAGAGUUACAACAACUCGUACGAACACAACGAUGAAAUCCGUAUCGAUGUGCGCAACAAGGAGAAAUUCACCGUGCCGUGCGAAAGUUAUUUGCAAAUCAAAGGAAAACUGGAAAAACCACCAGCUGGAACAGCCGGUGAAAUAGUCAUGGGGCAAAAUUUUCUCAUGCGCCUAUUUGAUGAAAUCAGAUUUGAGGGAUAUUGUUCAUUCACACCCAACGACAUUCGACGAUUACAACCUGCCGGAUGGAAAUACGCGCAAAUUUUGCACAACAACAACGAUUUCGUCGAUGGGACUGAAUUUGUAGCGCAAUGUCCAUUAUCUAUGUGCAUGGGAUUUUUCGAACGGUAUCGGCGCACACUGAUAAACUGUACUCAGACUCUCGUGUUGAAUAGAUCGAGUACCGACAGCACUGUCGUAUCAUUUGUUCCACAGACAACAACAACAGACGAUAAAGCGCAAGUUGCAACAUUGAUAAAACAAAUCAACGUGAAAAUAUCGAAAAUCAAAUGGGUAGUAAAGUACUUUGAACCCAGCGUGAAAACUGAACUGGGUCUGAUGCGUAUUCUGGACAGCAAGAAAUGGCUCCCGUUAGAAUUUCAACACUGGGACGUUGCCGUUUACCCGUUGGUACCACAGACAACUCAUUACACGUGGUCGGUGCGCACCUAUUCGAAUGUGGAAAAACCUAGAUAUUUACUUAUUGCCAUGGGUAAUGAGGACGAACACGUUCUCGGAGAUUUCAAUCACUGUUCAUUGAGAAACGUCAAAGCGUAUCUGAACGCUGACGAAUACCCGUACGAAAACCAAAACGCCGAUUUCGACAACAACAAGUAUACAACGUUUUAUAACUCGUACGCACAAUUCCAGACAAUGUAUUACGGUCGUAAAGACCCCUAUCCAUUAUUGGACUAUAUAAAUUACAAAAAACUUGGACCUAUAGUCGUGAUUGAUUGUUCUAAACAAAACGACACCGUCAAGUCUUCAACGGUUGAUCUACGCUUGGAUUUCGAAUGCUCCAAACAGUUUCCCGAUAAAACAUCAUUGUAUUGUGUAAUUAUUCACGACUGUCAAAUGGAAUACAACGCAUUCACGGGAGAAGUACGAAAACUUUAA